GGCAGAGCAAAAGUUACGUCUGUUGCGCUAGAGCAAACUGGCAGGCGACAUGUUUGUUGCGUGUGUGAAGUCGGCUGUCAAAAAGUAACUUGAGAAGAACCUAUGUCUCUAGUAAACAUCGACUGUUAUGCACUGAUUUUAGAAUGCAAACGCAACACCCUAAUGACAUUCGUUUGUGCUAGUGCCAUUUAAAAGGCAAGUCAAGUGGAUUUUACAGACGAAUUUUACUAACUGUCGGGUCGGAACGCAGAGAUAUGUAAAUAUUAUGUAUAAUAUCUCAGAUACACAGUACUAAGAGUUUGAAACCAUAUCGCGCGAAGUAUUGAAUUUGACGCCGUAAAUUUGUAUAUGACAGAGCGUCGUUGACGUGAAUUAUGAUCUGUGUAUUAGUAUGUUUUGUAUUGAUGUACUUGUCAAUGUCAUAAGAUAAAGCGAUGGAAGACGGUAACGAUUCCGACGCGACUGUGUAUGAUGGAGAUAUGGAAACGGAAGAAGAGGAUUCCGAGGUAGCUGUCGUGCAUGAAUCUGUUGCUUCAGGAACUGAGGUUGUUUCCCAUGAAGGACCCCAAUCAAGUGAUACAGGCUCUCUUAAAGCUGAUUGUCAGUCAAAUGAAAAUCAAGCAUAUGAACAUAAAAAUACAAAAGACGACCUGAAUGCAUCUGAUGAUGGGGAUGAUGGAAGUUUGUGCCCAAUCUGCAUGGAUUUCUGGACCAAUGCAGGAAGUCAUCGACUGAUUUCCCUAAGGUGUGGACAUCUGUUUGGAUAUUCGUGUAUUACACGCUGGCUUCAAGUUUCUUGCUCAGCUGGACAGAGGAGAUGCCCUCAGUGCAAUAAAAAAGCAUCACCAAAAGACAUAAGAUUUUUAUAUGCUCGUAGAGUUCAAGCACUUGACACUGUAGAAAAAGAAAAAUUGAAGUUGCAGGUAGAAAGCUUACAGCAAGAGAAAAAUAGACUUGUUCUUGAAUUAGCCCAAUCUAAGUUGAACCAGGAACUCCACUUAAAGGAAAUUUGGGAACUAAAGCGUAAGUGCGAACAAUUGCUUUCAUCUCAGUCACAGAAUGCAGUGCACGGAAGAGAAAUGUCAGCAUCUCAGAGUAGCUCCCAGAGAAAUAUACGUAUCCUACACGAUCGCACCAUAGAAGUUUGUAAAAGCGGAGGCUGCCGUGUUGCAGCAUUCAGCCCGUGGCACAAGCUUCUAGUUGUUUCGCAAAGCUCUACAAAUAAUCUGUUUUCAGGUUUUGGUAUCAAAAAGAUAGAUGCUGUAGAUUUGCAUCCAACACAAUUUCUCUUCCUCCAUCCAAAGCCAAUCAGGGACAUGGCAUUUCAUCAUGAAAGAAAUGAAUUGCUUCUUACCGUUUCUCUGGAUAAAUGUGCUAAAUUAGUGGAUAUCACAAGUAAUUCUGUUGUACAUACAUAUACAACAGACAGUUCUCUGUGGAGCUGUUGCUGGGAUGUUAAUGAUCCAAAUGUACUUUUUGUCGGAAGCCAGAAUGGUGUAGUGUCCCAGUUUGAUAUGAGGCAAACGAGUAAUGCAGUUGCACGUCAUUCUGUACCUGGAGAUACAUCACCUGUUACGUCAUUAGCUGCCUUUCCUGCCAAGGCAAAUAGAACCUUGUCACGGGGAGGAUUUUUAGCAUGUAGGCUUAAUUCGUGUUGUUCAUACGAAAGAAAUGCAGAUAAUUUUUCAGUGCAACAUUUACCUCUUUCUGGACCUUUUACUUCUUUAUGCUAUGAUGAACACACAGAUCAUAUUUUAGUCUCUACUAGGCCUAAUGCAAGGGUUCCAAAUUCUUGUCAUAUUUUGUGUCAGUUUGGGGCAGAUGGCACAAGUGCAGUUUGUUGCCCUGUGCACACAUUUAUGGGAAGUACCACUCAGAGACUUUUGUCAAGACCCUGCACUGUCUCCGUGCAGGGAGAUACACUGGUGGCAGCCCACAUUGAGAGCUCAAAAAUUGUUGCCGUGUGGAGUGUAUCUUCAGGUCAGCGUCUUCUCAGUCUUCCGGCUUCAGAACCUAUUAUCGAUAUUUGCCCAUUGAACGUGGAUGGAAUACUUUAUUUGUCAGCGCUCUCAGAAAAGUCGUUGCGGUUAUAUAGUGUAAAGCAUACGUGAAAAAAGUUGUGCAAAUUCUUACGGUAACUCAUAAUCUUGUAAAUAUAACAGUGUGUAAAAGCAGUAAUUUUUGAUACUUUUGUCAGUAUGGUACUUUUUAAAGUAUUCUGUGAGUGCUAUAAA